CUCUCCAUUCAAAACACCCUCUUGAAUUGGUCUUCGAGAAAGAUGAUGAUUCUUCCCAUUUCUUUUGUGAUGGGUGUUCCAGUCUUACUAGAAGCUGCUUGUAUCGGUGUGCAGAUUGCAACUUCAACCUUGAUCACAUUUGUGCUUCUUCAACUACUAUCACUAGUCAUAGAUAUAAAGAAAUCCUUCAUUUCUGUCAUUUUGAUCCAUUGACACGGUUCAAGUAUCGUAAAGUGAACAAGUAUCACUAUAGUUGUUUUUGGUGUGAGAAGCUUUUGUCUAGAGUCUCUUAUGUUUGUUUUAAAUGUCCCCCAUCAGAGUCCUUCGUUCAUGAAACUUGUUUUAUCAACAUACCCAAUAUAAUCUCAAAACAUCACUUUCAUCCAUCCCACCAGCUUCAGUUAAUAUAUCGGUAUGGGGGGUCACCCUUUUCAUGCGAUGUCUGUGGUUAUCGCACUAGGGGUUUUCAUUUUCAAGGAUACUUUUGUGAAAAGUGUCAAUUCCUCAUUCAUAUUAGUUGUGUUAAAUUCAAACCUAGUCUGAAACAUGAGUUGCAUGAUCAUAGUCUUAUCCUUCUUCCAACGAAAUCCUCGUCAACUAAUCUGGAAUUAGAUCCAUGUAAGAAGUGCUCGGAGAAGAUUCAUCCUAGCAAAGAUUCUGUGUUUAAUUGUUAUUAUUAUCGAUGUGUGUCAUGUCGAUUCAAUUUCCAUCUUCAUUGUUUGAUACCAUUAAGUAUUAAGCAAAAAUAUCACAGGCAUGAACUUAUGUUUACUGAUGUUUUUCUUGAGGAUUAUUCUGACCAUUACUACUGUGAUAUUUGCGAAGAAGAAAGAAAACCACGAGACCCCGUUUAUUGUUGUAACAAAUGCACAUUUACUGCUCAUAUUGGAUGCGCUCUCAACGAGAUAAAAGAUGAAUCAACGUCUAACUUGGUGGGUGACAAAAAUUCCAUGGGAAAACUGAUGGAGAAUGAUGAAAUAAAAGAGAGAAAUGCAAACUUCUCUCUUUUUGAGAUUAUGCAUUGUGCACGAGGACAUGAGCUGAUGUUUGAUGAGGAUAUUAAAUGGGGAGCUUGGUGCUCAAUCCCUGGCCUCUUAGCUGUUAGGGGUGUAUUCAGUUUAGUUUUGCACUAAAAUAUGAAUCGAACCACCCUUCGUCGAUUUUUGAAAAUGAAAACCGAAACCGAAUGGUAUAAAAACCACGAUUUUCGGUUCGGGAUGGCAAUUUUUGACUAUUUACGAUUUUUCAAACUCAACCUCC